UGAGGAAAAAAUAGACUUGGAGCCCACCCAGCUUUAUUUAUUUACUUAUUUGUGUCUUUUGUUUGUCUGCAGCCCAUCAUGCAGCCUUAUGAACAAACACAGAGAACCUACCGAGGUCCUGUCAAGGCUUUUCACAGAACCACUCAGAAAACGUCCCGAUCAGCUACGCAUAGACCAUUUGGGGCACUGCAUGUCUGUAUUGCAUGGAGGAUUUACUACCACAAACUGAAGAAUAUGCACCACAAACCAAACAGUCAGCUGCUACCGGAGUUUCCUCCCACAUGUGAUCCAGAAGAAUGGCUCCAUCCUACCUGCAGACUCCCAUCUUCAGGUUCCUCAGACAGGAAUGAAACUGAAACAGCACCAAAUCUGAAGCACAGCAGAAGUUAUCUCCCAGACCUUCACCCUUCAUCCCGGGAUCCAAACCUGAAUCCUGAGCUGGACAGAAGAUCCAGGAAGAGACCGUUAGACUGUGACAGAUUCAGGGAUAUGAAGAGAGCGAAGAACCAGUUUGAUUCUGCUCCAACCGCACCUCAGCCUUCCUCCUACAGAGUACAAACCCAACAAAUGAGUUUCAGUGGUUCAUGUUUCUGCAGUGGCUGCAGGUUCCACCCAGGGCCUGACUUACAUCCCUACCAGAGUGCAUUAUGGGAGCAGGUGUGGAAGGACAGAGUGGAUUUCUAUUUAAGGCAAAAAGUCCUGAAAGAUCAUUUCUGCAACACGUUUAAGGAUUUCUUUACGUCAUCUCGUAGUUUUCCUCUCGCUGUGAGGCAGGAGACGCUCCCAGGGCUGUUAUCUUCACAGGAGAUGACAUCAUCAUCAUCAUCAUCAUCAUCAUCCUGGCAUUUUGGCAACAGGAGUCUACUUGAUAAAAGGCAAAAGGCAGAAACUCCCUUCAAAGCAAUCACUUAUUUAUAAGCUGUUUCAAAUCUGCACACUUUUAUUCCCGUUACAUAUUUAUCUGUAAGGAUAAAAACUUCAGGAUUAGGAAAAGAUUUGAGAUUCAUCAUUCCGAUUUUAAGGGAUCAGAAUCAGAUUCCUGUACAGCCGGGAUCCACCGAAGUCACACGAUUCAUCACCACAAUCCUUUUUUCUGAAUUUCUUACAAGUUGACUUCAUUUUGAGUUCAUGAAUCUGCACGAUCAGCUGAUCUCUUUUAAUCCUUUAAAUGUAUUCAAAAACACACACGAG